AAUGACGUCAUGAAUUGAACAUCAUGGAGGCACUGCCGAGUCGGCUGUCGAGCUACAACCUUUGAAUACAAAGAAGUUGAUUACGUCACAUUUCCAUGGCUAAUACAGUAUUCCCGCCAAAUGACGAUUGUGCCAUAUGUGUCUUCUGACUGUCGUAUGGUUUGCAUCGAGCGUCUAUCUCUGCUUCGCUGUUACCAGACCACCACUGAAGAAGCUGCUUGGGCUUACUGACCAAUCAGGCAGACAUGAAAAGCCACGAAUAUCAGCCAAUCAACUCACACGGCAGCCGGAGAGCAUCCGCAAUAAGAGGAGUGUGCAUCUGCAGGGUUUGGCCAACAAAGACUGGAAGGUGUCGUGGACAUCGCCGACGCCUAAAGUGGGAACAGAUUCAUACGACGUUGACGACUUUCAGGUCAUCAACCAGGAGGAGAUUCUACGCGCCAAGCACCUGUACAUGAAGAACAUUCUGACCUAUGUUGGAAUAACGCUGGGCGCUGUCUUUCUAUUUGUCAUCAUCGCUUUCUGCUUCCUUGUCAACCCCAAACAGUGCAUUAUCGCCUUCGGAACAGGGAGCCCUUGCUGCCUGAUUAUCUCCCCUUGUAUUUUGAAAUGUGUGGAAAAAUUUCUUGACCCUGGAAAAAUAGUUCAGGGUCAAAUGAAUCGAUACGUGCCAGGGGUUGUUAUCGAUGAGACGGGCAAGGUUGCGGAGACAUACGAGCCUACACCGGAGGAACUACAAGCGCUGCAGGAGUUAGUUGAAGAGGUCAUGGAAAUGGUUUAGGUUAACGUCGUAGCAUGACACGACUUGUAGAUCAGAUUCUUAUAUGUACGUGAAAUGUACCUAUCUAUUUAAGAAAUAUACGACUCGUGGUCGUUGUUUAUCGUAAAUAAAACACUGCAUGGAGAAUAAACCAUGAGGGGCGCGGCCCCUCGAGUCGUUAAUCACUUACAUGCGAUAUCAACAUGAUGUACAGCCUCUUUAAGGAUGAUGAUAAAAUGUUCGAGCUUAAGAAUAUGUACCCAAAUUUUAAUAAUGAUGACUCCCUCAAUAGAGACCUCGGCAAUGUCGGACAAGUCCAUUUAUGGACAGGUGGAUAUUUCACGCAUAAACUCACAAUCCUCACGUCAAUUACCUGUAUCUUUUCUCCCAAUACUGAUUGUCAUAUCUCUCCGGCAUUUGGAUGCGAUCGUUCGGCCAUCGCGUUUAUCUGCGUUGCACAGAUUCAUCUAUGGGAAAUAACUCACUAGACAUUUCCCUCUCAAAAAGAACGUUGUCCAAUAUACGACGUCGCCAAGUUGCUAGCGCACGUUCGAAUCUCCAGAAAUGACAUGAUAGAACAAUGUUUUAUCGUGAAAUAAACCACGCUUCGUUCUACAUCGUUCUCUGCGAUUUAUCAAUGUC